AUGUCACAUAGGGAGGCCAGAGGGGCGCCAGCCACGCCAGGCGCAGGGCAUGGCCGGGCUAAGGCCAGAGCGCAGGGGCUGCCAGGCACCGAGAAGAGGAGGAGCCGCCUCUGCAGGACAAGGCAGGACCCAUGGGAAGAGACCAACUGGAGCACCCAAAGCUGGGGCCGGGCCGCCCCCAACCCUCGAGGGGCCAGGACAGGGGGCCGGGCUCGAGGCAGGAGCGAGGGGAGCCCCGAGAACGCGGCGCGGGAGCGGAGCCGGGUGAGGACGCUGCGCCAGGCCUUCCUGGCCCUGCAGGCUGCUCUGCCGGCCGUGCCUCCCGACACCAAGCUCUCCAAGUUGGAUGUGCUGGUUCUGGCCACCAGCUACAUCGCCCACCUCACGCGCACGCUGGGGCACGAGCUGCCCGGCCCCGCCUGGCCACCGUUCCUGCGCGGACUCCGCUACUUGCACCCUCUCAAGAAGUGGCCCAUGCGCUCACGUCUCUAUGCUGGAGGCCUAGGGUGCUCCGGCCUGGACGCCACCCCAGCCACCACCUGCAGCCCCAGGAUGAAGGAUGUGCAAGUGCGGUCCCCAGACUCUGAAGAGGCAGAGGCUGGCCUUUCCACCAAGCCACUCCCGCCAGCUCUGGGUGACAAAUGA